AUGACCGACGCCGUGCUGCCGCCUCCGCGCUCGCGUCUCAUCUUAGAGCGUGUGCUGGGGCUCACAGCGCUGAGCAAUGCACAGGUGGCUGUUAAUCCGGCUUCUGGUGAGCUGGCGUACGCUGCGGGUUGCAUUGUGGUGAUCUACAACCUGCGACGCAACAAGCAGGUGCGUUAUUACCGCGUAGACAAGAGCGUCUCGUGUCUGUGCUUUUCGCCCAACGGUCAGUUCCUUGCCAUCGGAGAGAACGGGUAUCUGCCGGCUAUCACUAUCUGGGACGGCACGGAUGGCACACUCUGUGCUGAGUUGCAGCGCCAUCAGUACGGCGUGGCCUGCAUGACCUUCAGUCAGGAUGGACGCUUCCUAUUGUCUGCAGGGCUUGUGCACGACCAGCAUCUCUACGCAUGGGAGCUUAAGCUUAAAAUGAAGGAUGCAGUACGGCGGCUUGAGGUCGCUGCAGUGGGCUGUGCCUUCGUGGAAGACAAGAUCCUUGAUGCAGACUACUGCCAAGCGGGCAAAUUUUUCGUGACUGUUGGAGAGAAACACUUCAAGUAUUGGUUCUUGGGUGAGAACGGCUCGUUUCUAAGCACGGGUCUUCGUGUGAACGAUCUGCCUGAGCUGCAGCAUCGAGAUGCUGUGGUGAACGCAAAGACGUCGGCGACGUUCACAGGAGUGGGAUGUGGGCACGGAAGUUGCGAAUUGAAGACAUUUGCGGUAACCUUGGACGGAACGCUAUGUUGCUUUGGUGCCUCUGGUAUCAUGGAGCGACUGGUGUCAUUGGAGUCGAAUUGUGGAAAUGCUAUCUCCGUUACGGAAGCGUAUGUGGCUGUGGGUGGAUCAAGUGGAGUUGUAAGGAUGUUCAAUCCUUCGACUCUAGAGUACCGUACUACACUUCCCUUUCCUCCAGCUUUCGGCGCCGCCAAUGAGCCAUCCAACGUUAUCCCAGCGUCACCAAGUAUCCUGUACCCAGCUGAGCCAUUUCGGUACCCGGCAGUGAUUGCGACCCGUAUCACUGGCUCCCACGUGAUUGUGUUUUACAGCGAUCGGAGCAUUUUCAUAUUCGGUACAACUAAUCUCGAUGCUGUUACUCUUGAACUCUCGUUUUUGUAUCAUAGUGGAGGAAUCCGAGACUUGCAAGUCGCUGGUCAUGUGCGUGGCGUCAAUGCAAAGGGAAAACUAGUAUAUAACGAUAGUGGUUCAGCUGGGGAGGUGUCCGCCAACACCAUACCAACCGGAACGUUUGUGACAUGUUCAGAUGAUGAUACUGUUCGUCUGUGGAAUUUGGAGUUGCAUCGACGACCAGCAAAGGCAAGUCGGAUCAAGUUCAGCAAUGAUCGGUUAGAGCACAGACACUGGAAAAAUCCAUACAGCCAAGAAAUGCUUCGAUUAAUUUACAACGAUCACGAGCACGACUUCGAAAAUGCGCACUGCGUCGUUCUAGGAGGGACAUGCUGUCACGAUUUCAAUUCAAGUGUACACUCGCCACCAAAGGGUAAUGGCUUGAACAAAGGACUCAGAACAGUGGCCAUUCGUCCUGACCAGAAAGAAAUUGCUGCUGGUGAUCAAGAAGGAAAUGUGAUCGUAAUGCCUGUGCCUCUAGAAAACCCUGUCAUUCGAAUUGGAGCUCACAGUUCGAUGGUGAACUGUAUCGCAUACAGCAGUCUGAAUGACGAUGGUGCGAUCUUCAUGGCUUCUGGAGGGAAGGACCGAUUAAUCCAAUUAGUUGUGGGGCAGACAAUGUUGUUUCGACUUCUCGAGUUGAUGCGAAAGGGAAAAUGAUUGAGUCCAAAGUGGUUACAUUAACUGGGGGCAAAGUAUUUGGUACGGUUCUGCUACCUGAUAGCGAUACCGUUGUGGCAUGUUGCAACAAUAAAUUAGAAGUACUCAAUGCCAGUACAGGGAAGCAACAACUGGCGCAUCUGGUAGGAGAGCAGCACCAUGUUGCUGUUUGCCCUGCUAACUAUUGCGUUGCAAUGAGCGGCUCUCUCGCCGAGAGAAUUAUCCAUAUUAUCGACAUGAAGAGUGGGGAUACGUUAGCUACAGGUACUGGACAUAGCGAAGCAAUCACGGCGCUGAAGUUCACACCAGACUGCCGUCGCUUACUGUCUGCCAGCAGUGAUGGCUGUAUAUUUGUGUGGCGACUUGCUGAUGAUAUUCAAUCCGAGAUCAAAGCAAAACUUCCACGUGUGGCGGAAGUGCAGUG